GGCGAUAUGGCUAAUCGGUCAGUCCCAGUUCAGUCCGUUUUGUGCCGCCCUCCGCACCACUGUGUCGAGGAAGCCUCUAGACCCCCGCGUCCAGCACGUCCGCGCCCGUCCUCCCGUCCCGCCGGCCCACCAAGAGACCCGCCGCCGUGCACAGCCACUCCCCCGGCCUGCAUCUCCGCGUGGAGCCCUUCUAGUGCCUUGUCGUGGCCACACAUCCUGUUCUUAUGUGUAUGGUGACCGCCCCCCUGGCCAGCGUGCUUGGCGCAGCGCCCACCCCCUGUCCCACCCUAAAGACCACCCCGGCACCCACCGGGGCAGGGGCGCCCAAGAGGGAGGCCGCUACUCCUCCGUCUCGCCGCCAGCUGGAAGACAUCCUGUUCGACACCUGCACAGGUUGUCAACGCUCGCAGACCCACCCCGGCAUGAGCGCCAUACCGCAGGGGGUGCUGGCGGCGCGCGCCGUGGCCGCAAACAACGCCAAGAUGCCGGAGGCCGCCAGGUCCGAAAUGGCGUUCGAGCAUCCACCCCUUAAGUACAACAGCAAGCUCAUGAAUUCCAUCUGGGGACUCUACAACCGCUACUCGGUGCACAACUUCAAGAAGAACACGGACGGGGAGGCCAAUAAUAUUAAUUUUGGGAGCCAGCAGCAAGUCCUCAUGGCAACUGCUGCUGCUCCUCUCCCCGGCGCUCUCCGCGACGCGUUCUGCCUGCAGUAAGGGCGGGGCGGGCGGGUGCGAGAGCGCUCCGGCGGCGCCCUGCGCUUGGCCGAGACGGUAUAAAGGUGCUGUGUGGUAGCUUCAGCAUCCAGCAUGUUGUUCGCGUACGGCGACCAAGGAGUGAGAAGUAUCGACGCAUUUCAAUGAAAAUUAAAAGAAAAAUUUACAGAAUAAAAAUUGAUUUCAAGAA